UGGAGCUGCCGGCCGGGGCCGCUCGCUGCAUUCAGCGCUGGAGCCGGGAGCCCGCGGCCGCCGCCAUGUCCCACCAGACCGGCAUCCAAGCAAGUGAAGACGUUAAAGAUAUCUUUGCCAGAGCCAGAAAUGGAAAAUACAGACUUCUGAAAAUAUCUAUUGAAAAUGAGCAACUUGUGAUUGGAUCAUGUAGUCAGCCUUCAGAUUCCUGGGAUAAAGAUUAUGAUUCCUUUAUUUUACCUCUGUUGGAGGACAAGCAGCCAUGCUAUAUAUUAUUCAGGUUAGAUUCCCAGAAUGCUCAGGGAUAUGAAUGGAUAUUCAUUGCAUGGUCUCCAGAUCAUUCUCAUGUUCGGCAAAAAAUGUUGUAUGCAGCAACAAGAGCAACUUUAAAAAAGGAGUUUGGAGGUGGCCACAUUAAAGAUGAAGUAUUUGGAACAGUAAAGGAAGAUGUGUCAUUACAUGGAUAUAAAAAAUACUUGCUGUCACAGUCUUCCCCUGCCCCAUUGACUGCAGCUGAGGAGGAAUUACGACAGAUUAAAAUUAAUGAGGUACAAACUGAUGUGGGUGUGGACACUAAGCAUCAAACACUACAAGGAGUAGCAUUUCCUAUUUCUCGGGAAGCUUUUCAGGCUUUGGAAAAACUAAACAACAGACAGCUCAACUAUGUGCAGUUGGAAAUAGAUAUAAAAAAUGAAUUUAUAAUUUUGGCCAACACAACAAAUACAGAACUGAAAGAUUUGCCAAAGAGGAUUCCCAAGGAUUCAGCACGUUAUCAUUUCUUCCUGUAUAAACAUUCCCAUGAAGGAGACUACUUAGAGUCCAUAGUUUUUAUUUAUUCAAUGCCUGGAUACACAUGCAGUAUAAGAGAACGGAUGCUAUACUCUAGCUGCAAGAGUCCUCUGCUAGAAAUUGUCGAGAGACAGUUACAAAUGGAUAUAAUCAGAAAGAUUGAGAUAGACAAUGGGGAUGAAUUGACUGCAGAUUUCCUUUAUGAGGAAGUACAUCCCAAACAGCAUGCACAUAAGCAAAGUUUUGCAAAACCAAAAGGUCCAGCAGGAAAAAGAGGAAUUCGAAGACUAAUUCGGGGUCCAGCUGAAACAGAAGCCACUACUGAUUAAAAUUGUUAUAUUAAGCAUUGCAAUACUAGUUUUUUAAAAGUACAGCUUUUAGUACGGGAGAACUGAAAUCAUUCCAUGUUGAUAUAUGGUAGGGAGAAAAAUCGUACUUUUUGAAAAAUAGCACUUUUCACUUCUGUGUGUUUUUAAAAUUAACGUUAUAGAAGACUCAUGAUUUCUAUUUUUGAGUUAAAGCUAGAAAUGGUUUCAACCUAGUAAUGUUUAAUUUUGUCACACUGUUUUCAUAGAAUAUUGAUUCUACACUUUCACAUAAUUCUUAAAAUUUUAUAUAGAUGGGCCAGUUCCAGAAAGUCUGAUGUCUUAAAGUGGGAUCUACUUAUUACUGUUUGGUGAGACAUCAGAAUUUUUUUUUAAGGGAAGCAGAAAGACCUUAAAAUAUUCAUACUACUUGAUGAAUAGUUAAGGACCAGGUUAGAUUAUUUUCAAAGCUGAAAAUUUAGUAUGCCUAGGAAAAUGUAGAAAUUGCUUAUUCUGAGGAGCUGUGCUGACAGACUAGGAUCAUGUCUGCAACUUUUAGAAACAGUGCUUUACUGCAGCAGUUUUUUCUAUUUGACUUUUUUUUUUUUAAAUGGCAUUAAAAUUUCUGAAGAUCAGCUCACUCUGAAACUUUAAGGGUACCAGAUGUUUUCUAUAUUGCAAUAUUUCUGAUAACAUCAAAAGAUAGCCUUAGAAGUUUUUUUCUAGUGCUUUAAAAAAAUGUCUAUUUCCAAAGUAAUUCAUUUCAUUAUAAGUACUAUGAGGCCAAAUGUUUAUGUACAGAUUGAAAUUUAAAUUAAUAUAAUUCAAAAGGAUACCAAACUAAAGUAAAAAAUAUUGAAAAAUUUUUAAACUUUGUUCUCUGUAAUUAUGGGUAGUUUAUGUUCUAUAUCACUUCUGUGCAAAUAUUCAGAUAUAAAAGCGUUUAGAAGUUUUAGAGGUUAAUAGCUUAACACAGAUAAAUAACUAGCUAAUGAUCUUGUUUCAAUUAGUAUCUUAUUUCAAAACACAUUUAACUGUUCUCUAAACCUUUGCAUUUUCAUUUAUAACCUAGAGAGAUUUUGAGCCUCAUAUUUCUUUGAUACUUGAAAUAGAGGGAGCUAGAACACUUUGUAUUUAAUUUGUUAAACCUGCUGCAGAGCCAUAACUAAGGAGUUUUCAAAAUGAACUGUGGGUAUUCAGGAUUUGGAAUUUCUUGACCUAAACUCCAUGCUGCGUAAAACAAAUGUCAGAAAUGCACAUUUCAUAGAAAAAAUAUGAAGCACUCAUUGCUAAACCUUAUUAUUUAAGAUAACACAUGCACCUUUCAGAAAUUCAGUGUGUUUAAGUAAAGCAUAUAAGAAUAAUUAUGGGUUGAAAGAUUUAAAAAAUAGAUUUAAGAGUAUUUGUGUGGGAUUUUUGUUUGUUUACAAAUAAUUAGACUAUAAUAUUUAAACAUGCAAAAUAGUUGACAGUAAUGUUGCACUUGUUUACUAAAGAUACACUUUUAAGUUGUUCCAUGGGUACACCAAUAGACAAACAAAUUAUUGCAUUAAGAAUCUGGGAGCUAUGUUGCAGACCAUAGCUGAUGCUGUCAUUUUUCAAUCAGGAAGAAUAUUAUCUGUCAUGAAGAUAUAAAAUAAUUUAGUAGUGAAUGUUUUUCUGUACCAUCUAUGUGCAAUUAUACUCUAAAUUCUGCUACACUACAUGAAAGUAAAUGGACAUUCCAGAAUAUAGAUGUGAUUAUAUAAUCUUUAAUUAUUAUUAAAUCAAUGAUUGCUGAAAAUCAGUGAUGCAUUUAUUUUAGAGUAAAACUCAUUGUUUACAGUAUGUUUUAGGUGACACUAGAUGGUGAAUAACAUAUUCCCACUAAAUUUAUAUAGCAGUGAAAAAUAACAUGCCUUCUGUGGACAUUUUAUAAGUGCAUUUUAUAUCACAAUAAAGAUUUUUUCUCUUUAAA